GUAACCCUCACCUUUGGCCGCCGUUCUGCCUCCAGAAGCUCCGAUUUCCAUUCUUCUUACUGUCACACACAGUUGCUUUUUCGAUCUCUACAAUCUUCAACUUCAAUGGCAAGCAACGAUCCAGAGCACAAGGAGGAAGAAACCGUCGCAGCCGAAGACGAAGACACCGGAGCACAGGUCGCCCCGAUUGUCAAACUUGAAGAAGUCGCUGUCACCACUGGGGAAGAAGACGAAGACGCUAUUCUCGAUCUUAAAGCCAAGUUAUAUCGGUUUGAUAAGGAUGGAAACCAGUGGAAAGAACGAGGUGCUGGUUCAGUUAAGUUCUUAAAGCACAAACAAACUGGAAAAGUCCGUCUCGUUAUGCGUCAAUCUAAAACCUUAAAGAUCUGCGCCAAUCAUCUAGUUAUCCCUACCAUGACUGUUCAAGAACACGCUGGAAACGAAAAGUCAUGUGUGUGGCAUGCUGCUGAUUUUUCUGACGGCGAACUCAAGGAUGAGCUUUUCUGCAUUAGAUUCGGAUCAAUUGACAAUUGCAAGAAGUUUAUGGAAACAUUUCAAGAAGUGGCAGAGUCCCAACAAGGAAAAGAAGAGAACAAAGAUGCUUCAAAUGCUGCUGGAUUGCUUGAGAAGUUGAGUGUUGGAGAUGAAAAGAAAGAGGAAGUGAAGGAGAAAGAGGAAGUGAAGGAGACUGAAAAAGCAACUGAAUCAGAAGAGAAGAAAGAAGUUGAAGCAGCUUCAUCUACAUAAAUCAUCAUCAUGUAUCUCACAUAUAUACCAGGUAUUGUAACAUCACCUAAUGAGAGGUCUUGUUGAGUCAGCAUCUGUAAGAGAUGAUGUUGCAGGAAUGGAGUCAUUUUGGGUCAGUUGGGUCAGUCGGGUUUGGGUCUUGAAUUUGUGUGAUGGGUCAGUUUGGUGGGUCAAUUGAGUCUGGUUGAGUUUAUUAUGAGUAUAGAUAUAAAUUAAUAGGGUUGGGUGGGUGAGGGGAAUGGAUUUUUAUGUUACAGAUGUUAUGGUACGUUUGUUGGGUUAAUGCAUAUGCAUACGUCUGUUAUUUGUUUCUACAAAACUCUGGUUUGAGUCAUUUUGGAUUUUAUUUUAUAUCAUUUUCUUAUUUAAUGCCUUCUCAUUUCUUUUAUUUAAUGUUUUUCACAAGAAAAUUGAAUCCAAGAACUUGUUUUUUAAAUAGCACUACGUAAUUGUUGUACAAGUUUGGACGAGUAAUAAUCUGAGUCAAUGAUGGUCAAAAUGGUCAAAUGUGAAAUUUAUGGUUUUCCUUCGUUUAGAUAAAAUUACACAAUUGGUCCCUAUGGUUUGGUAGAACUUACAUGAUGAUUGCAAAUACCAGAAAGUAGGCAUACAUAUCUUUCUAUCAAUGUUUGACAAACAAUAUUUGGCUUUAGAUUUUUUGUGAGGAUUUUUUUUGGUGAUGUUGACUUUUUAAUUCUGUGAAAAUUUGCAAUUACUUUCCUUAAGUUUUGGUUAUUGUGGUCGUAAUCAUGGUAUUAAGCAUCUAGCAUUCUUUAGCGAUUCUUAGACCCAAUUCUCACAUAUAAGAAUUAUUCUUGCUAAUUAUUCAUAGCAAUUUCACUUGAUUCAUUUCUUUGUUUAUGACACUUCAUAUAGCUACCAAGUAAUAACUCAAGUUCAAAGUGGAAAUAUGGUGUAGUUGAAAUGAAUCAUAUAGUUCUAGUCUUUUCUAUAUACAUACACAUACACCUAAUCAUUGGCAUUCUUCACCUUACAUCUCUUUUGUAUCACAUUUUAAGCAUUUAGCAAGACAAUUCCGUGAUAAUGAGAAAAAAAGUUUUAAGUUUGGCCGAAAAUGUUGGAUUUACCCUCUCUUGAAUAUUUUGUUUGUUCAUACAUCAAAGUUUGUCAUUGUUUUGUCAAUUUUGCCCUUUAUACUUGUAAUAGUAGGUUACCAUGAAAUAUAUUUGCCAAAAAAAUCCUAAAGUUACAAAUGCUUUGCAAUGAAACCCUUAAAGAUUAUAAAUCUUAAUAAUGGUUUGGAAUAUGUUAGUAAGGAUUUUCUAAGUGACUUCACUUCCUAUAAAAACCAAAUAGAAUAAAAUCUUUCUUAGGGUUUGUUUGAUUUGAUGUUGAUCGGGUUACAUCAUACGUUUAGAGUGUUUACCUGAUUACCUCUUACUCAGUCCACAAAAUUACCGAACUCAAUUUGGUAGAAAUAUAAUGCCAUCAUUUUCCCCUGAUUUGCCCUCUCCUUCCCACGCGUUCUUUUUUCCCACCUCCUACGUCGGUACUACCACUAGAUGACCACCUCCAUCUGUCACUACCUCCAUUUGGGUCCUCCUCUCUCUUUUGACUGACACUAUCGUCCAUGUGUGUGCUAGGGUUAAACAAAAAAAGGUGCCACCAUCUUCCUCAUUCCCCUCCAUCUGCGUCGCUCCAAUUGCUAAAUCGAGAUAUCGAGAACAAUUUUGAUCAUGUUGUAUGCUCUAAUAUUCAAAUCUUGUUAUUUUUAUUGACAACUUGUAAAAGUCAUUAGGAUCAAAUUUAACUGUUUACAUAUUUUCCCUCGUAAAUGUUGCCCCUGUUCAUCGAUGUGGAUGUUGAUCAUUGGUGAUAUAUAUAUAUAUAUAUAUAAUGGUGG